AUGGGGAGUAAAAUCGAGCAUAACAACUAUCUCGAACCCGGUACUCCUGGUCACGGCUUUAAAGGCUGGCUACAGACGAACAUUGCUGAUCGAGCUACCCAUGCGGCUGAAGCACUCCGCUUCAAGGUCUUCCAAGCUGGAUUAAAAUUGGUUGGGAAAGAUCCCGAAAAUGUACUGGACUACCUCACCAGCGACGCGAACUAUCUCGAUCCAAUGCGUGACCAGACAGAGGGUCUGUCGUCACUGCCAUUCCACGUCACACCCAACUGGAAGCGCUUCAGUCCACGCGACCGUAUCCAGGAAUUGCGCAAGCUAACGAAUUCGAACGGAACGUUGAAGUAUCCGCUACAUCUGCAGCUUGAGUCUUUGACCACGAAGGUGCUAUUCGAUGAGUGCGGUAGCAAUGGCACAAAGCCGCGAGCCAUUGGAGUCGAAUACUUGCAAGGCAAGUCCGUAUAUAAGGCCGACCCACGUCGUAACACAUCCACCACCGGUACACUGCACCAAGCUUUCGCUCGAAAAGAAGUCAUCGUAGCUGGUGGUGCCUUCAACUCGCCGCAGAUCCUACAGCUCUCUGGUAUCGGGCCCAAAGCUCUUCUUGAGAAGUACAACAUCCCUGUAAUCUCUAACUUACCGGGUGUGGGUCGCAACCUCCAGGACAACUACGAGGUACCCAUUUACGGGAACGCCCAAAUCAGCUUCGCAAAGACACCUGACCCCAAUGCACCAAAAUGCACAAACGGAUCACCCGGCGAUCCAUGUAUCGAACUUUGGUACAAUGGCCAAGGACCCUACGCGCGCGGCGGCACAAACUCGAACGCGUUCCUCCUCAAGACAGCCCAUGCGGUCGAAGGCGAAAGAGACGAACUAAUGUUCGGCUUCACGGGUGGCUCCUUUGCAGGCUUCGCGCCACCGACGUCUCAAAACACGACACGCUACCCUCCCACAACAUUUUCUUGGUCCACCGUCAAGAUACAUCCCCAGAACACUGCCGGAUACGUCCAAAUCCGAUCAGCCGACCCAGUAGACACACCGGAAGUGAAUUUAAACUACUUCGCCGAGGGCGCAGCAACAGAUUUAAACGCCAUGCUCGACACUGUUGCUUUCGUCCGUAGAGCAUUUGCUUCCACCGAAGCACCGGUCGGACCUGUGACACCUGUUUCUCCACCCUGUCCGCCGGCUGAUGUCCUUGAGACGGGCUACUGCCGUGAGGUGCAGAUUGAUAGGGAGUGGAUUCACGACCAAGUCUUUGGUCACCACCCCACAAGUACGAACAAGGUCGGCCCGGAUUCUGAUCCUAUGGCCGUGUUGGACACGAGGCUGAGGGUUAGAGGGGUCGAAGGGCUGCGGGUAGUAGAUGCGAGUGCAUUUCCUAGAUGUCCGGGUGCGUUUCCGGCGGUUAGCACGUUUUUAUUGAGUGAGCGGGCGACGGAUCUGGUGUUGGAGGAUGUGGGCAAGUGGUGA